AUGGACAAGCCACAGCAUCCAGUUUCUCCCGUCCGACUAGACGUCAUUGUCGUCGGCGCCGGACUGAGCGGACUCGCUGCGUCCAUUGCCAUAGCCCUCUCCGGCCACAAUGUCACGGUAUUCGAGUCCGCCAAGGAGCUCCAAGAGGUCGGAGCCGGGCUUCAGAUGACUCCUAACGCUACGCGCAUCCUCGAGCGAUUGGGCGUUCCAUCCAGAUUCUGGGACCUCGCCGCCGAACCCACCUUCGUCCAGGUCCACCGCUACUCCGGCGAAAUCCUCAUGACCGAUCCCGACUUCAACAUCGGCAUGCGCUCCAAGUACUCCGCCCCCUUCCUCGACGUCCACCGCGUAGAUCUCCAGCUGUCCCUCUACGAGCGCGCCAAGGAACUGGGCGUACGCUUCCACCUCAACGAAAAGGUCCACAACAUCGACUUUGAGAUUCCCGAGGUCAUCACAGCUUCGGGGGCCGUCAUCGACGCUGAUCUUAUCGUCGCGGCUGAUGGGUUGCAUUCGAGGUGCAGGGACUGCUUCUUGGCGACUUUGGGCUCGGCGGACAAACCGCGGGCUACGGGCGAUUUGGCUUACAGAAUCGUGUUGGACGUAAAUCAGAUCACUGAUCCGGAACUGGCUGAUUGGGUGCGUAACCCGUCGGUGCAUUUCUGGGUUGGGCCGGGAGCUCAUGCCGUGGGAUACUCGUUGAGGGCUGGGACGAUGUAUAACAUUGUGUUGCUGGUGCCGGAUGAUUUGCCAGCGGGGGUUUAUAAGGAACCAGGAUCUGUGGAGGCGAUGAAGGAGUUGUUCAAGGAGUGGGAUCCUAUACUGGGGAGGUUUCUUGCUCUCGUGGACCGAGUUGACCGAUGGAAGUUGAUGCACAGGAGCGAGCUUCCAUCGUGGGUUAACAAAGAGUCAAAUCUUGUCUUCAUCGGCGACUCCUGCCAUCCUAUGCUCCCCUACUUAGCCCAGGGUGCCAACUCAGCAAUUGAAGACGGCACAGUCCUCGGCCUUCUCCUGGGACACAUGCAGUCCAAAGACCAGCUCCCGCAGGCACUCAAGAUGUACGAGGCGCUGCGCAAAACUCGCGGCGAGGCCAUCGUAAAGGAAGCUUUCAAGCAGCGUGACUCGUUCCAUAUGUAUGAUGGCCCUGAGCAAGAAGCCCGAGAUGCGAUUCUCCGUGCUCCUAUCAAGGCUCCUUACCCGAGUAGGUGGAGUUGCCCGCAGGUGCAGUCUUGGCUGUAUGGAUACGAUGCGUUUGAGGAAGUCAAGGAGGCGGUAUCGAAAAAUCCAUUCGAGGCGAAUAAGCCCGCUCUAGACGGAUCUCGGGUCGAGGAGGAGGUUCCCAAGGCAAGUCUAUAG